AGGAUGCGAAGGCCGAGCGCAGUGUGGCUGCUGGGGGGCACCAUCCUGCUGGCGGCCUCUGCCUCCUGCAAUCACACGAUCCUAGGGUCUAAUUCACUGUCAUCUUUACCCAGAAGAGACCUCUAUAAAUUACAGCUGUUCGGGCCUCCACUUGCAAAGGUAACAAGGACGAUAAGUGGACCAUCAAUAAUUUCCCCAGUGCAGAGGAGGCGAACGUGCACGCAGCAAAAAGAUGCUGAAAUUUUAAAAUUUGAUUGCUUCCCCAGCCAUUUUUUACUCGGAAGAAUUAAAUCUCCUGGGAAACAGCCAGCCCCCUGGGGCAAUGACAGAAGAUUCCGCCUGGGGACAUCCGGACCUCUGUUCCAGGGAGAGCAGACGACCACCCUCCCCUGGGAGCCGCUAGCUGCCCAGAACAGGAAUGCUGCAGCUCCGCUCACCUAAUCCUCCCUGAGUCUCAGAGCCCCCACGGCACCUAGUUUAUCCACCCAACCUGACCUCAUAAAAGGUCUGGCCUGGAAAGAAAAGACAAGAUGGUUUGUUAGGUACCAACCCUCCCUGGCUGAAGAAAGAAGGCACAAUUAACAGGAGCUACCAGAAACAGACGAAAGGAGAGGAGACAGGUGUAGACCUUUAUGUGAAGAGGCGAAUGGUAAUAAAACUACCUUGGGUAUCAACAUCCUAAGAUCCCCUGCUGGCCUGCUCUUCUUAGAACACGACACAAUGGUUUCCUUCACCACAGAUCAUGGACCAGUACAACAGGAUCACCUUGAAUGCUUAAAAAUGGUUCCUGGCCUCCACCCCAGUCCUACUAUGAUCCCAUCCAAGAUACACACAACGUUUAGUUGUCAUUUCUCCUUUGGCUCUUCCUCGCUGGGACAGUUUCCCAGACUCUCCUUGUGAUGACCUUGACAGUUUUGAGGAGCACUGCUCAGAAAGUUAUAAUAGACCUGAAAUCAUUUUUGGUGAAUAAUGCUAGACCACUCUGAAGAUUUGGGAUGAGUGCUGGACCUUCGUCAUCACCACACACUGUGUCACUGAGACAGGGUAACCUAUGGUUACUGAGCUCCCAUCAGUUAAGGAGCAGAGAGCCUUCCCUCCUCACCGCUCUCUAUAAAAGAGACCCGGCAAGGGACCCUACCAGCCUCCAGCUCUCAGCCUGGACAAGGUGUGGAAGCAAAGCUGCAGAGACAAGGCCAGCAUGUCUCCUUCCUUCAAACUUCAAUGUCACUUCAUGCUGAUAUUCCUAGUGGCUCUGAGAGGGGAGAGCCGAUACCUAGAGCUGCGGGAAACCGGCGACCACGACCCUUUCCUGCUCUUCAGCGCCGACCUGAAGCGGGAGCUGGCAGGGGAACAGCUCUACCGCCGAGCUCUGCGGUGCCUGGACAUGCUGAGUCUCCAGGGCCAGUUCACCUUCACUGCUGACCAACCUCAGCUGCACUGCGCCGCCUUCUUCAUCAGCGAGCCCGAGGAGUUCAUCACCAUCCACUACGACCUGGUCUCCAUCGACUGUCAGGGAGGGGACUUCCUGAAGGUCUUCGAUGGCUGGAUUCUCAAGGGAGAGAAGUUCCCCAGCUCCCAGGAUCAUCCUCUCCCCACGACUGAGCGGUACGUAGAUUUCUGUGAGAGCGGUCUUAGCAGAAGGAGCAUCAGAUCCUCCCAGAACGUGGCCAUGAUCUUCUUCCGGGUCCAAGAACCAGGAAAUGGGUUCACACUGACCAUCAGGACAGACCCCAACCUCUUUCCCUGCAAUGUCAUUUCCCAGACCCCAAAUGGAAGGUUCACCCUGGUAGUUCCACAUCAGCAUCGAAACUGCAGCUUCUCCAUAAUUUAUCCUGUGGUGAUCAAAAUAUCUGAUGUCACCUUGGGACACUUAAAUGGCCUGCAGCUAAAGAAACCCUCCACAGGUUGUGAGGGGAAAGGAGACUUUGUGGAGCUGCUGGGAGGCGCUGGGUUGGACCCUUCCAAGAUGAUGCCUUUGGCUGAUCUCUGCUAUCCCUUUCAUGGCCCUGCCCAAAUGAAAAUUGGCUGCGACAAUGUGGUGGUGCGCAUGAUCUCCAGCGGAAAACACAUAAAUCGGGUGACUUUUGAGUACCGCCAGCUGGAACCGUAUGAAUUGGAAAACCCAAAUGGAAACAGUAUCCGGGAAUUCUGUUUGUCUGGUCUUUGAAUAACCAGUCUGCUGAUUUACGUGCUGCUAGCUAAGUGAGUUUUUAAUGGCUAUUGUAUAUGAUUUUGAUGACCACCUCGUUAAAAGACGUUCACACCAGUCAGUAUUCACAGCCAUGAGUGGGUGCCUGUGCGUGCAGCCACACACACACACACACACACACACACAUACAUACAUACAUACAUGUCUUUGUACCUUGCUUCUUUUUCAUUUGUUAUGUAUAAAUGACCACGGCAGAAAAUGAACCCUGCCCCCACCUUGUAGGAAAACAGUUUUCUGUAAUUCUUUGGUGUACUACAAGCCUGAACUGGUAAGAUAAGUGCAAAGCUAUGUUCAGUUAAAAAAAUGUGUCUUAAGGAAAAAUACUACAAAGAAAUAAAAAUGGUGGUAUUCAUAUCAGUUUUAUAACAGAAAACAUUUGACUGUGUAUAUCAAAGUAGUUGCUUCCGUUAUCUAUUUUCUGCUUCUUCUGUUUACAAUAGAAAAUAGUUGUAGCUGUGACUUACUGUUUUGCAACCACUUGUUUUUAACAAAACUUUGUAGCAUGGAAAAGUUUUUCCAUUCAUAAAUACAAAAUGAAUAAAUAUAUUCAGA